GGGAGACUCAACCAAUAUGUUUUUUUUUUGUUUGUUUGUUUGUUUUUUGUUCCUAAGAGCUGAUUGGGAAAGGGAAGAAAUACAGUAUAACUUGAUAUGAUGUCAGGAUCAAAUGAAAGCUUUUUUAAAAGGAUUUAAAUGAUUGGAUAGGGCUGAGCUGUUUUCUUAGAAAGAGAAGAAGCUGACAGAUAAAAACAUUAAAGGAGGAAAUCUUAGAGUUGCAAUAAGAGGCAUGGGAACAAUGAAACAAGUAGAAAAAUUGGGUUUUCAGGAAAGAAGGACUAUCUCUUUUUCAGAGAGUGUUGCAAAGAUAACAGGAUAUGUUAUUAAUGAAUUUUGAAUUGUAAAAAAGUAAAGAAAAGGGGCUCCAUAAAGACAGCCUUUCUCUUUUCAGAAAAGUAUCAUACAAAUGAUUUGUUGAGAGGGAAAUGCAAAGUAGGAAGUGUUGAAAAAUUGCCUCAGCACUCUACAAUUUUUUGUUUUUCAAGGCAUUCUUUUUUUCCUGUAAUUAAAGAGAAUUGGACCAUAGACCUAUAAAUCAGUGUUUUAGUCAGAACUUACUUUUCUGAGAGGAAAGAUGCCUUAAUAUUUCACAUCCUUUUAUAAUAGAUUUAGAAAAGAAGAAAAAUAUGUCUAGAUUUGGGAGCAAUAAGAAUAUUCCAGGAAAAAGAAAUAAUCAAUUAAAAUUUUUCUAUUUCAAAUUUAACAAGCAUAACCAAAUGCAAAAAUUUCAAGUUAGUUUGACCCUUGAAGGAAAUAUAAAAUAAAAGAUGUAAAAUUAUACUUUCUGAUUCUUUUGUGCAUUUAAAAAAUGUUUUGUUGUUCUUUUUCUCCCACCACGUCUGUCACUGCCCACUUAGCUACUUCCCUCCAAUUCACAGUGGAAACCCUCUCUUUUAAAAGAUAUGCAUAGUCCAGCAACUCAAAUCAACAGAUAAUUAAAUGUGAGAAUGCACAUUUCAUUCUGUACACCUAUUCCAUCAACUCUCUGCCAAGAAGUGGAAGGUAAUAUUUCCUUAUCAAUAUUUUAAAGACACAAUUUGUCAAAAGUUUAGACUGCAUUGAGGUCAUUUAAAUUUGUUACCCCUUUCAGAAUUAUCGUGUUUGUCACAAAAAUUGUUCUUAAAGUCCUACUGAAGUCACUCUGUAUAUGUCAAUAAAAGUAUUUCCAUAUUACAUGAAGGAGUCAUAUUCAUCACUUAUUAUGGCACAAGAAAUCACCACUAUUUUUCUAUGCCACAGUCUAAUCACCUAUUUUCAAACUGGAGGAUACAAUAUGUAAACAGGAUAUGGUUACAGCAGGUUGAGCAAGUGCUUUUUAUUGUUUUAACUAGAAAUAGCAGAUUUCCCCAGGGGAAUAUUCCCAUAAUUCUUUAGUCUAACAAUACCAAGCCAAAUGAUAGACCUUUGCUGUAAUGCAAAGUUCUAGGAGCAAAAUACAUUGAGAAGACUUAGAAUUCAGAUCUCCCAUUACUCCUCUUUUAUGAAUGUAGAGUAUGUGUCAUCUUGGAGACCAGAACUUUCUUUGUGUCAUUUAUCAUGAGAUGCAUAAGAUUUUCAGUUGUGGUAAGUGGUCAUUUGAAUGAUCAGGGAUUACAAAGCAGACUUUACUUCUUUAGAAUGCAUUAUCUAUGGUGUUUACUUGGAAGAACAGCAUUUAGCCAUUUGGAUAGGGUCUCUGCAUUUAUUUUAAAAUGGUUCUUAUAGUGGGAGUAAACUAACCUCUUCAUUCUUACAGACUUUUCUACAUUAUCAGAAUAGCAAAAUUGGUAAAUAAUACAGUAUUGUUGGUUUACAGGGAAAAAUUGAAGAAAACAAAUCAAUUCAUCUCUGCUUUGCUUGUAAGCUGAAGCAAAGUAUGGAAGUAUGAAUAGAAUAGGCAUGUACUAGAUGGUUUCCUGAAUACAUCAAUAGGCAUACCCAAAUCUUAGCCCUUUUUUCCCAUUUUAAUUUUCCUUUCUUCUGUCUAAUAGGCACUCUUUCUAAGACAGAUGUCUGGCAAUAACUGCACUGCUGUCAAUGAAUUCAUUAUUUUGGGGUUGACAGAUGAUCCAACUCUUCGUGUCAUCCUCUUUGUGUUAUUUCUGGGUGUCUAUGCUGCUACAUUACUUGGUAAUCUUAGCAUAAUCAUACUGAUCAGAAAUAGCCCCCAACUUCACACUCCAAUGUAUCUUUUCCUCAGUCACUUGGCUUUUGUAGAUGCUGCAUAUUCCUCCUCUGUCACACCUGUUAUGCUUAAGAACUUUCUUGAGGACAAAUCCACAAUUCCUCUGGGAGGCUGUGUGGCCCAAUUUUUUUGUGGAUGCACCUUUGGGACAGUUGAGUGCUUCCUGCUGGCUGUAAUGGCCUAUGAUCGGUAUGUAGCCAUAUGCAGUCCCUUACUCUACUCCACCCAAAUGUCUACUAGUGUCUGCACUCUAUUAGGCAUCUCAUCCUACUUGGGUGGCUGUACAAAUGCUUGCAUCUUCAUCGGUUGCUUAUUGAAUCGGUCCUUCUGUGGACCCAACAAGAUCAAUCAUUUUUUCUGUGAUUAUGCUCCACUUUUGAAGCUUUCUUCCUACCAAGAUGAUCUUGCUGAAAUUCUUCCUGCUGCAUCUUCUGGGUCCAUAAUUGUGAUCACAGUGUUAAUUAUAAUAAUCUCUUAUGUAUAUAUCCUCUUCUCUGUCCUGAAUAUAAGUUCCACUGAAGGGAGAUCCAAAGCUUUCUCAACUUGCACUUCCCACCUCACAGCAGUCACUCUGUUUUAUGGCACCCUUACAUUCAUUUAUGUGAUGCCCAAGUCCAUUUACUCAACAGAUCAGAAUAAAGUAGUAUCUGUUUUCUACAUUGUAAUGAUUCCCAUGUUGAACCCCUUAAUCUAUAGUCUAAGGAACAAUGAAGUAAAAGGAGCCUUGAGAAAAAUGAUGAGUAGGAAACACCUUUUUUCAUGAAUUCAAGUCACUAUGAUAAGUAUUUUUUAAGUACAUACAAUGUCCCAGGCACUGAGUUAGUUUUUGUGGAUAGAAGAACAAAAAUGAAGCAUUCCCUGCCUUUAACGUUCUAACGUUCUACUGAUAUAAUGGUUAUGAAUA